AUGGGCUCGAUUGCCUUUUCGGAAAAGACGUUGGUUCGACCAAGCAAGGCGCCCGUGCCAGGCCGGAUUUCAGUCACACCGCUUGAUCAAUACAUGGUCAGGGUCAUUCUCCCGAUGAUGGUCAUUUUUAAGAUUGAUGAGCCUUCGCUUCGGCCCAUAAUUUUACAGAAUCUGAAGAGGGCCCUCUCGCUGGCCAUUGACGAACUGACCAUUCUGGCUGCGGACAUAAUUCCGUUGGACCCAGCCAACGACACAAUCCAGCUCGAGUACGGCCAGGACGCAGGAGUCUGGUUCCACGUCAAGGAGCUGCCAGACGUCGACUAUGAGGACCUGGCGCAACGCAAUUUUCCAUUCUCCGCCCUGCCGGCGUCUCAGUUCGCCCCGAAGCCUCUGGGCCACUCGGCAACAAGUCCCGUCAUGACGCUGCAGGCGACGUUGAUCAAGGGCGGCCUGGUCCUUACCUUUGGCGGCCAUCAUGUGGUCAUGGACGCCCAGGGCAUGGGUACCUUUGUGGCUGUCUGGGCCAAGCAUGUGGCCGCAGUCUCUGGCGGCCUGGUUGUCACCGAGAAGCAACGGCUGGACCACGAUUCGUUGGAAGCAUCUCAGCUCUUCGGCCCAAGGAUGGAACGCCCGCUGUCCGAGUUCCCCACAUACCAGACUGGCCCGGAUCGAUCAUACGAGCAUAUGCAGGCCAAGAUCCUGCAGAAGGCCGUUGCGGGUGACCACGACGGAAUCGCCAAACUCGUUCGCGUGUCCCAUUGGGCCAUGACGCAGGAGAAGCUAGACGCCCUUCGAGACGCAACCGUGCCACGGACCAAGGAAGAGUCGUCUGUCACUGCCAAUGCCACACUAUCCGCGCUUAUCUGGAAACAAGUCACCAGGGCUCGGCGGCUCACGGAGAAGCAGGUCGCCUCGAGCUCGCUUCUCACUUCGGUCAAUGUGAGGAGGCGCGUGGAUCCGCCACUGGCCCCCGAGUACCCUGGCAACGCCAUUGCUCUGGCCAAGGCUAAUGCAACGGCUGAAGAGCUAGAAGCGCCCGGGGUGGAAUCCCUCUAUGCAAUCGCAAAGAAGGUUGCCGCUUCCAUCGAAUGGUGGACUCCAGACGAGCUCUGGUCCUUGACCGGCGCGCUGCAAACCUGUGGCAACGUUGCCAAUAAGCUGCUGCCACCACUCAACUACGACGUGCUAGUCACGGCACCGGCUCGGCUGGGAGACAUGCUCAAGGAGGCCAGCUGGGGUCCGGAGCUUGGGGACAUCAAGGCUCUGAGGUGGGCAUUCCCGGCCUUCAUGGACGGCUUUGUCAUUAUUCUGCCCUCCAUCCACGGAGGAAUCGAAAUUAUGCUGUGGACCGCGCCGGACACGGCCGUGCGACUGAAGGAGGACGCGGAUUGGACGAAAUGGGUAACUCAGCUGGAGUAG